AUGGAGAAGAAAGGAGUGGACGACUGGUCAGAAUUCCCACUCGAUACAGCUCAAAAUAUUCGCAGAUGGGAAGCGGCCUGCACAACCCAGAUGAAUAACUCUACCAAAGGGCAAUUGACCAACGCUGAACCGCCAGUCAUUGAAGAAAGCGAAUCUCGUAGGAAACGGAGGAAGAUUGAUCACAGGAAUGAUAACCAGCUAUACGCUACGGCAAUUCACCCUGAUCAUCCCACGCAUGAUAAUCGCAGGUCGCUGUCAGUGCCAUCUCAAUCACCGCAUUCCCUAGGAGCAUUGGCAUCCGACCCCGAUGAAUUCACGGGAGACUCUGUUCGACAGAAGAAAUGUGAAGGGAUCCCCUCGGGUAUUUGGCCCCUUCAAAUAGCACCGGUCAAGGGAUCACCUCCGAAGCAAAGCCAGAGCUCUUGGGAAGGAGCUCCACCCCUCAACUUUCAACAGGAGUUUCUCUGGCCGCUCCCCGCAAUUUUCGAGAUUUCCCCCCUUUUCAGCGGGGCUCUACCCCGCAGCCCAGUGCGCUUUAUCGAGACUUUUGUUGUGGAGGGAUCUUCAAGAGGAGGUGGGAAGGUGGGAAAGUGGGACAGCCCCACGGGGAGGGGGGGUGGUCCAAGCUACAGCCAUGGGGCUAUGGUCAUCGUGGUGGGAGCUGGGCCUUCGGGUCUUAUCCUUGGGCUUCUCCUUGCCAAACAAGGCAUCGCGGUAGAGCUUCUGGAUGCUGGCGCAGAACUCGAUAAACAGCCCCGUGCAUCUCACUAUGGGGGUCCAGCUGCCUACGAGUUAUCACGAGCUGAUCAUGGAGUUUUGCCGCCAGAUUAUCCAUAUAAGGUGGUCGUGCUGCCGCUAGAUCAACUUGGAGAAAUAUUAUACCAGCACAUCCAGCAACAGCCCUCCGCGCAAGUGAAAUGGUCUCAUCGAGUCGUGCGGGUUGGCCAAAGCGGAAGAACUUCUUGGGUUGAUGUUGAGACCCCUAGUGGAGAGAACCGGCUUGAGGCAGACUAUAUCAUAGGGUGUGACGGCGCUAGUAGCACUGUUCGACGGGCACUGUUUGGACCCGAAUACCCUGGCGAAACACUCAAUGCGCAGAUUAUUGCAACAAACGUAUAUUACGACUUUGAGAAAUACGGCUAUUGGGAUACCAAUUUCAUCGUCCAUCCGACCAAUUGGUACAUGGCAGCUCGUAUCACCAAGGAUGGUCUGUAUCGGGUCACAUAUGGCGAUAUCCCGGGACUGAGUAAAGAAGAGUACAUCGCACGACAACCUGCGCGCUAUCGAGAGAUUCUGCCGGGGAAUCCUCGGCCUGGAGACUAUCGCAUCACUAAUAUAAGCCCGUACAAAAUGCAGCAGAGGUGCUCUCCCACCUUCCGAGUUGGCAGGAUUGUUCUGGCGGCAGAUGCAGCACACCUUUGCAAUCCAUUCGGGGGAUUGGGCCUUACUGGUGGCAUUGCAGAUGUGGGUUCCUUAUAUGACGCAUUGCUCGGUAUCCACAAAGGUUUAGCCGAUGCAAGUAUACUGGAUAAGUACAGUGAGGUGCGCAAGAAGAUCUGGCAAGACGUGAUCGACCCAAUGUCUCGAGAGAACUUCCGGCGGCUUCAUGAUCAGGAUCCGGACAGGGCUCGGGAGGACGAUGAAUUUUUCCGACUGUGUAUCAGGGCAGAGAGGGACAAGCAGCUUAAUGAAGAACUUGCUCUAGGAUUGGAUGUCCUGCGACAUGAUAUGACACAGUACUACAAUUCGAACACCGGAUCACAUCUCUAG